AUGGAACUCAACCGAGAACAUUUUCGCGCCAUAAUUUAUUACAACUUUCAGAGACAAUUAUCGCAACAAGAAUGCCUUGCUGAGUUACUGUCUGUUUUCGGCAACGAAGCGCCACUUCAGUCGACAAUUUCCUGUUGUUUUGGAGAAUUCAAACGUGGACGGGUGAGUCUUAGCGACGAUUCCAGGAUGGGUGCACCAAAAACGGCAGUCACCCAGGAAAACGUCGAUGCUAUUGAGGCGUCCUUGAAGAUCUCAAAGACCUCAAUUCAAAAAAUUUUAUAUGAAGAAUUAGGAGUAAGAAAAUUAGUUUUUCAUUGGAUACCCCACCUGUUGACUGAAGAGCAGAAAGCAGCCAGGGUUACUUGGUGUCAAAAAACGCUUGACCGUUUCAAUUCCGGAAACUCAAAAAAUGUGUUCAGCAUUGUUAGUGGUGAUGAAUCGUGGAUUUACUGUUAUGAACCAGAAAAUAAACGACAGUCGGAUGUUUGGGUGUUCCAAGUGCUUCGAAAAAGAUGGUCGCGAUAUUUGUGUCAAAAGCGACAAAGAACUGUCACCGCGGAUUGGUAUACCACAAUUUGUUUGCCAAAAGUCAUCACCGAGCUUCGAAAAAUCAACCCUGAAAGAAGAAUCAUCCCCCACCAAGACAAUGCAAGCUCGCACACAGCCCAAAAAAGAGGGCAGUAUUUAACGGAAGAAAACGUGGAAUUAUUGGAGCAUCCUCCAUAUAGUCCCGAUCUAGGUCCUAAUGAUUUCUUUACUUUCCCGAAAAUUAAAAACAGACUGCGUGGUCAAAGGUUCCAGUUACCACAAGAAGCAGUUGACGCAUUCAAAAAUGCCGUUUUGGAUCUGCCAGCAGACGAGUGGAAUAAGUGCUUCGAAAAUUGGUUCGAGCACAUGCAGAUGUGUAUUAAUCUUCGUGGAGAAUACUUCGAAAAACAAUAAAGUUAUUUAAAAUUACAUACCGUGUUGUUUUAUUUCCAUAUGCAAAACUUAAAAGACCGUAUUAAGGAUGUUGCCAA